AGCUAGACUGAGCGCCCUGCAAGACACAGAAGCAGGACGGCAAAACAGACACUCUGGAAAGGAGCCAGAUGAAAUAAGGGCAGAGACAGCCGGUCAACAUGCUGGGAGAAACUGUGCGGACUGAAAAGCAGUGAUUCAUGGAGCAUCGCCACGCAGAUACUCCUUGGGUUUCACUUUGAGAGCCGCUGCAGGAUUGGGGUCAGUGAGGGCUGCCAUCAAGAUGAAGGGCGGCCAGGCUCCUCCUCCCUUAAUCCUUUUCUACCCCCCUCCCCCACCCCUCGCGGUGACCUGUGUCUUGGGCCUUUAAGAGUUGGAAGGGCCGGUCGGAGGAGAGAGCUCACACCUCUCCCCACCCUACUCCUUCGCUUUGGCUGCAAGUCUGCCGGUCACAGCGGCAACCGGCAGCGGGAAAGGGGAGGAAGCCAGUGGAGCGAGAGAAGCAAAAGAACCCAGCUGGGUUCCCUCAUCCCCCAGGAGAGGCCAUCGCAGGGCUCGCAGACACAGGACCGCGCUCCUGCCCAAGGUGACCAGCUCUGGUACCAGCUGGUGGAGCAGGAGGUGAUGGCGUCCCUGAUGCAAGGCCGGUUGCCCAUCAAUCAAGACGUGCUGCUGAUGCAGAAAGGCAUGCUACUGCGCAAGGUGAGGUCCAAAAGCUGGAAGAAACUAAGAUACUUCAGACUUCAGGAUGAUGGCAUGACAGUCUGGCAUGCCCGGCAGGCAGGAGGCAAUGCCAAGCCCAGCUUCUCAAUCUCUGAUGUGGAGACAGUGCGUGAGGGCCACGAGUCUGAGCUGCUGCGCAGCCUGGCAGAGGAGUUCCCCCUGGAACAGGGCUUCACCAUCGUCUUCCAUGGCCGCCGCUCCAACCUGGACCUGGUGGCCAGCAGCGUUGAGGAGGCCCAGAUAUGGAUGCAGGGGCUCCACCAUUUGGUGGACUUUGUCACCAGCAUGGACCAAAAGGAGCGGCUGGACCAGUGGCUGAGCGACUGGUUCCAGCGUGGGGACAAGAACCAGGAUGGCCGCAUGUGUUUCCCAGAGGUCCAGCGCUUACUGCACCUGAUGAACGUGGAAAUGGACCAAGAAUAUGCCUUGCGUCUUUUCCAAGAAGCAGAUGCAUCCCAGUCUGGGACUCUGGAAGGAGAAGAAUUUGUAGAGUUCUAUAAGGCAUUGACUAAGCGCCCUGAGGUGCAGGAAGUGUUUGAAAACUUUUCGGCUGAUGGGCAGAAGCUGACCCUGCUGGAAUUUGUGGAUUUCCUCCGAGAGGAGCAGAAUGAAGGAGAGCGAGCUUCUGAUCUUGCUUUGGAACUCAUCGACCGCUAUGAGCCUUCAGAGAGCGGCAAAGUGCGACAUGUGCUGAGCUUGGAUGGCUUCCUCAGCUACCUCUGCUCGAAGGACGGAGAUAUCUUCAACCCAGCCCGCCUCCCCAUCCACCAGGAUAUGACUCAACCCUUGACCCACUACUACAUCAACUCCUCCCACAACACCUACCUAGUGGGGGACCAGCUUUGUGGCCAGAGCAGCGUCGAGGGAUAUAUACGGGCCCUGAAGAGGGGGUGCCGCUGUGUGGAGGUGGACAUAUGGGACGGACCUAGUGGGGAGCCUAUCGUUUACCAUGGACACACCCUGACCUCCCGCAUCCCAUUCAAAGACGUCGUGGCCACCGUAGCACAGUACGCCUUCCAGACCUCAGACUACCCGGUCAUCUUGUCCCUGGAGAACCACUGCAGCUGGGAGCAGCAGCAGGUCACAGCGCAGCAUCUGACUGAGAUCUUGGGGGAGCAGUUGCUGAGCACAACCUUGGACGGGCUGCUGCCCACUCAGCUGCCGUCGCCUGAGGAGCUUCGGAGGAAGAUCCUGGUGAAGGGGAAGAAGUUACAGACGCUUGAGGAGGACCUCGAGGAAGAGGAAGAGGAAGUGCUAGAGUCUGAACUGGAGGGACAGCAGGAGGCUGAGCCAGAGCCGGGGGCCCAGUUUGAGUCUGAGCCCCUGGAGCUGAGCCCCCGCAGUAAGGACAAAAAGAAGGACAAGGUUGUGAUGUGUCCGCUGUUUUGUUCGCCUAUCUGUUGUCAGAUUAUGGUUCAGGCUCCUAUUUCCAAGCCUGAGUCCGUUCUCUGUCCUAAGCAGAAAUCCAAACCUGUCAUGUGUCCAGCCCUCUCUGCCCUGGUUGUCUACUUGAAGUCUGUCCCAUUCCACAGCUUUGCUCACUCCAGGGAGCACUACCGCUUCUAUGAGACAUCAUCUUUCUCUGAAACCAAGGCCAAGAGCCUCAUCAAGGAGGCUGGCAACGAGUUUGUGCAGCACAAUGCCUGGCAGUUAAGCCGUGUGUAUCCCAGUGGCCUGAGGACAGAUUCGUCCAACUACAACCCCCAGGAACUCUGGAAUGUGGGCUGCCAGAUGGUGGCUAUGAACGUGCAGACCGCGGGGCUGGAGAUGGACAUCUAUGAUGGGCUCUUCCGCCAGAAUGGGGGCUGUGGCUACGUGCUGAAGCCCGACUUCCUGCGUGACGCCCUGAGUUCCUUCCACCCCGAGAGGCCCAUCAGCCCUUUCAAAGCCCAGACCCUCCUAAUCCAGGUCAUCAGUGGCCAGCAACUCCCCAAGGAGGACAUGACCAAGGAGAGGGCCAUUGUGGAUCCACUGGUGAGAGUGGAGAUCUUCGGCGUCCGCCCAGACACAGCCCGGCAAGAGACGAGCCACGUGGAGAACAACGGUUUUAAUCCAUAUUGGGGGCAGACCCUGUGCUUCCGGGUCCUGGUGCCUGACCUGGCCCUGCUGCGUUUUGUGGUAGAGGAUUACAACUGGAAAACCCGAAACGACUUUAUUGGGCAGUACACACUUCCUUGGACCUGCAUGCAAGAAGGUGGGCCGGUGCCCCAUACCCUGGCCGACACCCCAGCUCCGGCUGUCUUACUAAUGCUGUCCUCCUGCCUCUUUCCAGGCUACCGCCACAUCCACCUGCUCUCCAAGGACGGCACCAGCCUCCAUCCGGCCUCCAUCUUCGUGCAUAUCUGCACCCGGGGAGAGCUGGAGGGGGAUGAAUCCUAAGGCGGGCACUUCCUGGGAAGGGUGGAUGUGCUGGCUUGAGAUGGUAAGAAAAACCUGGAAGGAUGCUCCAGAAAGCAAACAGAAGUGGUAAAAACCAAGUUUUGAGCUGUGCGUUCCUAAGCACAAAAUUACCUCGCUCUUCCUAACAAGCAAAUCCAGGACCUGAUUUUUCACUCGCUCUCUCUUCCCUUUCUUCAUUUUUACAUCUGUGGUAUCUUUUCUGCCCCUUCCUCUGCAAACUCUCUGCUGGCCUUCCUUCCUUCCUCUUGCCACAGCCUCAAGCGCACACCCACAUCUAGGAUGAAUCUCUUUCAACCCUGGCUCAAAGGCUGGCUGCCACCAGAAACCCAGAGAGGGGCUUGGAGCAGAGGAACACAAGGAGGCAUAACCCCCCUCCCCCCUCUCCCCAACUUCCUCAAAGCUCAGAGCCAAGAAAGGUUCCCCAGGCAAAGGCUGGGGAAGGAGGCCUGACCCCAAGACUACAUGGACUCUCAAGAGAAGACUGCACAGCUGCGUCCCCACUGGUCUGCCUUCCCGAGCCCCACUUGUACAAAUAGAGCUUUUCUCCCCA